AGAAGCUCUACGUCUCCGGGGAGAUGGAGAAGCCCGGUGUCAGUGCCGAGGUCCUGGAAGAAGUAUCUUCGAUCUCCUCCAGCAGUCCUCUGUUCCUGCAGGAAGAUAAGAAAGGGAUCACUUACCGAAUUCCUGCCCUGCUCUACAUGCCCCCUGUCCGCACCUUCCUGGCCUUUGCAGAGAAACGUUCCACAAUCAGGGAUUCCGAUGCGCUCCAUCUGGUGCUGAGACGAGGGCUGUUGAAGGGCCGCUCAGUGCAGUGGGGACCCCUGACACCUCUAAUGGAAGCCACAUUACCUGGGUAUCGGACCAUGAACCCCUGUCCGGUGUGGGAGAAGCAGCAUGGCCGUGUGUACCUCUUCUUCACCUGUGUGUGUGACCAUGUUACUGAGCAACAACAGAUCCUGUCAGGCAGGAAUGCAGCCCGCCUCUGCGUCAUCUGUAGUGAGGAUCAUGGCCGUUCGUGGGGUAAAGUGAGGGAUCUGACGUCAGAGGUCAUUGGAUCUGAGGUGAAGAAUUGGGCAACAUUUGCUGUGGGCCCAGGUCAUGGUGUUCAGCUGCAGUCAGGAAGGCUGGUCAUCCCUGCCUAUGCCUACUACAUCACCCACUGGUGCUGUCAUUUUUCAGUGCCAUGUACCACCAAGCCCCAUUCCCUGAUGAUCUAUAGUGAUGACCUAGGUGCUACUUGGCACCAUGGCCAGUUCCUUCAGUCCUUAGUAACAGGGGAGUGCCAAGUGGCAGAGGUGACUGGGAAAACUGGCCACCCAGUAUUGUACUGCAGUGCCCGGACACGAAAGAGGUAUAGGGCAGAAGCAGUCAGCACUGACAACGGUGAAAGCUUUCAGAGUCAAGUCCUGAACCAACUGCUUUUGGAGCCCCCGCAUGGCUGUCAGGGCAGUGUGGUGAGUUUCCAACCACGGGAGCACCUACAGGAGUUCCAGAACUCUAGGGACAAAGACUCUUCUACCGAGAAGCCACACCAUCUGCUCGACAAGUCACAGAGGGAAGCUGGAACUGAAAUGUGGCUUUUGUUUUCACACCCAACCAGUAAGACACAGAGGGUUGACUUGGGCAUCUACCUCAACCGGACUCCUUUGGAGGCUACUUCCUGGUCCGAUCCCUGGGUCCUGUACUGGGGACCCUCUGGCUAUUCUGAUCUGGCUACUGUGGACAAGGAGGGUUUAUUUGGGUGCUUGUUUGAGUGUGGGAUUGAGCAAGAGUGUGAAAAGAUUGGUUUUCGCCUGUUUACAGACCAAGAGAUCUUGAGUCAUGUGUAA